AUGUCAACUGCAAUUACUCUUUUUGCUCACAUUCCACUUUGCAAAUCACAAGACUUUACAAAAGACACAAGAAACACCCCAUGUCCUAGAUCAACUUUAGACACUAACAAGUUCAACAGAAGAAACAUGUUACAAAAUGUUGGCUUGACCCUUAUAGGCAGUACUACUAGUGUACUUGACCAUGAUCAAUCUGCAAAAGCAGAGCCCGAAAGCCCGGAUGCAGCCACUUCAAGUAGAAUAUCUUAUUCAAGAUUCUUGGACUACCUUAAUGAAGGUGUUGUCAAGAAAGUGGACUUGUUUGAAAAUGGGACAGUGGCUAUUGUUGAGAUAUUGAAUCCUGUUCUUGAUAAGAUUCAAAGAGUUAAGGUUCAAUUGCCUGGCUUACAGCCAGAGUUGGUCAGGAAAUUAAGAGAGAAAGAAGUGGAUUUUGCAGCUCAUCCUAUGGAAAUGAAUAUGGCAUUUGCUGUUCUUGACUUGUUGGCUAACUUUGCUUUUCCGUUGAUACUUCUUGGUGCUUUAUUGUUGAGAUCUUCAGCUCCAAACACACCUGGAGGGCCUAAUUUGCCAUUUGGGCUAGGAAGGAGCAAAGCCAAGUUCCAAAUGGAACCCAAUACUGGCAUAACAUUUGAUGAUGUGGCUGGUGUUGAUGAAGCAAAACAAGACUUCCAAGAGAUAGUCGAGUUUCUCAAGACCCCAGAGAAGUUUUCUGCAGUUGGUGCAAGGAUUCCAAAAGGUGUACUUCUAGUUGGUCCACCAGGAACCGGGAAGACGCUGCUAGCAAAGGCCAUAGCUGGAGAAGCAGGCGUACCUUUUUUCUCAUUAUCUGGAUCAGAAUUCAUUGAAAUGUUUGUAGGUGUAGGGGCAUCACGAGUUCGAGACUUAUUUAACAAAGCAAAACAGAACUCGCCUUGUUUGAUUUUUCUAGACGAAAUAGAUGCUGUUGGAAGACAAAGAGGAACUGGAAUUGGUGGAGGUAAUGAUGAGAGGGAGCAAACUUUGAAUCAGCUCCUAACAGAAAUGGAUGGAUUUGGUGGUAAUAGUGGAGUCAUUGUUAUUGCUGCUACUAAUAGACCCGAGAUUCUUGAUUCUGCUUUGCUUAGGCCAGGAAGAUUUGACAGACAGGUAAGUGUUGGUCUGCCAGAUGUGAGAGGAAGAGAAGAAAUACUGAAAGUUCAUAGCAAGAACAAAAAGAUUGACAAAUCUGUGUCAUUAAGUGUGAUUGCUAUGCGUACUUCGGGUUUCAGUGGUGCUGAUUUGGCAAAUCUCAUGAACGAAGCAGCUAUUCUUGCUGCCAGAAGAGGGAAAGAUAAGAUUACUUUGAAAGAGAUUGAUGACUCAAUUGAUAGAAUCGUUGCAGGACUAGAAGGAACUAAAAUGACAGAUGGAAAGAACAAGAUCUUAGUGGCAUAUCACGAAAUUGGUCAUGCAGUUUGUGCGACUUUGACUCAAGGGCAUGAUCCGGUGCAAAAAGUAACUUUGGUACCUAGAGGGCAAGCUCGUGGACUAACAUGGUUUACGCCUAAUGAUGAUCCGUCUCUAACCUCCAAGCAACAACUUUUUGCAAGAAUAGUUGGUGGUCUAGGAGGUAGAGCAGCAGAAGAAGUCAUUUUUGGUGAACCAGAAAUCACUACUGGUGCAGCAGGGGACUUGCACCAGAUCACCCAAAUUGCAAGACAGAUGGUCACAAGAUUUGGAAUGUCAGAGAUCGGGCCAUGGUCAUUGAUUGAUCCAGCAGUAACAAGCAGUGAUGUGGUGUUAAGGAUGUUAGCAAGAAACUCGAUGUCAGAAAAACUUGCAGAAGAUAUAGACAGAUCAGUGAAAUGUAUAAUCGAAAAGGCAUAUGAGAUUGCAAAAUCACAUAUAAGGAACAACAGAGAUGCGAUUGACAAAUUAGUAGAUGUCUUACUAGAGAAAGAAACCCUUACUGGCGACGAAUUCAGAGCAAUCCUAGCCGAGUUUUCUGAUUCAUUUUCUGCACAUAUAGAGAAGAAAAAUGUACGCGAAUUAAUCAGUGCAUAGAGAUUCUCCACAUUUCAUACAUAUUGUAGAUAUAUAACUCAAGUAACCGUUAGUACUUAGUACUCCAUGUUGGUUUAGGAUCGCAUUCGCUUCUAAAGUUCUAAUAUCCAUAGACGUGCAUUCUGUUCGCGUAACAUACAGUU